AAAAAGGUGGGACAACACUUCUUGUUUGUGCCUGGACAGAACCCAAGUCCCUGGCGACAGUUCAAUGUCAUUUCCAAGGACAUUCAUAUGAUGUAAUUAUUGACGUGCUUUCAACAUAUCAUAACAUCAAAAUGUUCCGUGGAACCCUGAAAGCAUGCUUGAAAGAAUCUGGACUGAGGAGAUGGAGGAGGAAAUUGACUAGUCAAGGCACAGCUUUUUCAAUAAAGCCAAAGGCCUAAACGAUUGGCCAGUUUGCCAUCUAAGGGACUUCCGUGUAGCUGACCAUUCUAGUUAACUUUAACACAUGCCCAGAGCGUCAUCAGUUGCCUGACAGCGAAACAACCAAUCACAGCAGCGUAGAGUUUAGAGCUCUCCGGCUGAUCAAAUCUAGCACCAACCCACCUUAACACAUCCAUUGAAUAAACUCUGAAUUGACUUUGGUUCUGUCCAAUCAAGUGUUGUCCCACCCUUUUCAUAAUCUGAAAUGUCGUUGUGUUUUGUGAAAUGUUGUUGUGUUUUGACCCUCAGGGCCACCGUAAUUGUGGGCCAUGUUGAAGAUCAAAAGUCAGGACUACUUUAUGCAAAUAUUUGAUUUGGAAUGAAGUACCUUAAUUUGUUAUCUAUUGAAUUUGCCAGCUUUGCCAAAAACAUACAUUUCUGUCUGGUUAUUUUAUCCAAGAAAAGUUUCUCAAUUGAUUUUCUGGAAAAUGUAUCAGUAUUCCAAUCUAAAAUUACAUGUAGAAUGACAGAUAAUUUUAUUGUUUUUUUCCCACUCCUAAUCACAAUAUAAGAAUAAAAAAUUGUUCUGUGGCUCCAGCUCAAAUUUUACUAUCCAGUACAGUAGUAGAUUCUCAUUUAUUUUAAAAUAUGGAUGUAGUUUAGCACCUUAGCCAAUUCUGUAUCUCACUUUGAGUGCUUAAUAGGUUUUGUUAACCUAGCCCUGAAGCCACAGAGAGACGUGUGGGCAUGUUCAUAACAAGUGGGUCUGCUGUGUAUAGACCAGUUAUCCCCAUAGCAACAGAGAAACUUGAGAAAUGAGAUCUGACCUCCUGGUGUGUCAGUAGGCUCAAUGGGGGAAUUAUGACCUUAUCUAACUAUGCAUUUUUAUUAGGGGGCGAAGCAUUAAAGGUGCAUUGGUACCCUCUUGUUUUUGUAAGCUCUUUUAAAUGUUUUUUUUUCUUUCUUUUAUGAAAAUUGUCACUUUGGGGUGAGUUGAGUACAAUUUGUAAACCAAUACAACAAUCCAUUUUAACAGCACCAGUAAUGCACCCUUUCAUUUAUUUACUUAUUUAUUUACUUCUUUCCAUUAUUUUCUUGGGUCAAGUUCAGUUAAUAGUCUAAUUAGUUUUCAGGCACUGAACUCCAUUUUGAAACCUGACUGAAUCUUCACUAUUUGCCAGCCUAUUUUUUGUGCCUUUAUGACUCAUUUUAAUGAAGCUGACUGCAGUUAGAUGAUACUGGUUCAGUCAAACUUUGGAUUUACUGGUUGAGGGUGCAUUUCAGACUACACUGCUUUCCACCAAGCAAAGUUUUGUGACUCGUUAAAAAGUGAAUAAAGGCGGGCAUCAUUUUGUGUCAGUCCCAUUUAUCCUAUUUUACCAUGAAUAUUAGUCCGUUUAAGAAAGAGCAUGGGACUCACUGUAUUCAAAGGAACACAGGUUUAUAGCUACGAAUGAGCAAGACAUUUUAAAUGAAAAUCUACUGCAUUAUUACAGCAUCUGCAUUAUUUAGAAUAACUGACUUGCUCAUGGUUCAUAAUGACUAUUAAGACUUAUAGUGAGUGAAUGGUUUAAAGCCACCUAUGCACUCCAUUUAACUGUAACAAAGGUGGCAGUGAAGACAAACAUGAAGUGGACCACAUCUCAGAAUUCAUCAGGAUAUGUACUCAUUGUGUGUGCCAGCAAUCUGCACUAUAUGGUUUUACUUAGCAUAUUUGUUAUUAUCUGAGCCAUCCUUGAAAGCUGUAAACAUCACAAAAUAUUAGGAGGCAGAGGGGAAUAAUUUAUCCAUGCAUGUUGUUUGAGCAAAAUGCUGGGGAAAGCAGGUCUACAGUACUUCUGGCAAGUGAAUGCCACAGCAUGCAGCAGGUCUAAUAGAUAAAUUAUGAAAUGUGUAAAUCUCAAUCAUGGCUUGGUGUUGUGGCUUUACCGACACACUGCAUAAUGUUUGCAACAGCAAUUCACCGGUUACAGCUUGUUAGAGCUCAGUGAAAAGGUGGGAUAUGGUAUGGCAAGUAGUUUUCGCAGCUCUUUUUGACGCAUCACGUGUGAUUCACUGUGAACACGGUGCUCAGUGUGCACACUGCCGUUGCCAGUGAAACACAUCGCUGUCCGUUGCCGAGGAACAUGUACAGUAUGAGUGGGUGACUUGAUUAGAAGAGGGUCAUUUUAUGCGGCUGACGCGUUUUGUGGAACAGGAUUCUAAUUGCCUCCAUUUGUAUUUUAAAAUAAGAAGUUAGAGACGUCGUGAAGGGAAAGGGUUGAAGCCCCGAGUUGGGUGUGAGUGAGGACAGCCAUAAUAAAUCAUCUAAAGAGAAACCACAGCUCAGGCAAGGUACAGUAGGAGGCUGCCAUGAAGAAAAUGGACAACACAGCCACAGGCAGCUGGACGCUAGACAACAACCCUACCUCCUCAGCAGUGAAGAACUCCUGCUACCCCAAUCUAAAGAUGUUCCUUGCAGCCUUGUCCUUUGCCUACUUUGCCAAGGCUUUAUCUGGUAGCUACAUGAAGAGCACAAUUACACAACUAGAAAGGCGAUUUGACAUCCCCAGUUAUCUGAUUGGCAUCAUAGAUGGGAGCUUUGAAAUAGGGAAUUUGUUGGUUAUUGCCUUUGUGAGCUAUUUUGGUGCCAAACUCCACCGACCCAAGAUCAUAGCAAUCGGAUGUAUCUUGAUGUCUUUUGGGACCUUCUUGAUCGCCAUGCCUCAUUUCAUCAUUGGCCGCUAUAAGAUCGAAACAUCAGUCAGAUCUUCAGUGAAUUCAACCAAUAACCUCUCUCCAUGUCCAGCAAGCUCACCUGAGUCCACCAGGCCAGACUGUGAGCGAGAGUCCAGUGUUUCAAUGUGGACCUAUUUGUUUCUGGGAAAUGUCCUGCGUGGGAUUGGAGAGACUCCAGUACAGCCUUUGGGAAUUUCCUAUAUUGAUGAUUAUGCACAGUCCGAGAAUGCUGCACUCUAUAUUGGUUGUGUCCAAACCAUAUCAGUUAUUGGUCCUGUCUUUGGGUACCUGCUGGGGUCACUGUGUGCCAAGAUCUACGUUGACAUUGGCUAUGUGGACAUGGAGACCGUGACUAUUACCCCUGGUGAUGCCCGCUGGGUGGGGGCAUGGUGGCUGGGCUACCUCAUCGCUGGUACCAUCACCCUCAUGUCUGCUGUUCCUUUCUGGUUCCUGCCUAAAUCACUGCCCAUGCCUGUGGAUAAACACGAUACCAGCUGCACGCCAGAGCAAACCAGGUUCAUCAAAGAUUCCCCAGCCAUGGAGCACAAAUUCAGACCCGAAGAGCCAGCUAAUUUACAUCAGAUGGCCAAAGAAUUUGUGCCGACAGUGAAGAGUCUCCUUGGAAAUCCUGUGUACAUCAUCUAUUUAUGCGUGACCAUCAUUCAGUUCAACUCUCUCAUCGGGAUGGUCACCUACAAACCCAAAUACAUUGAACAACACUAUGGCCAGUCAGCAUCAAAAGCCAAUUUCCUCAUGGGAACAAUCAACAUCCCGGCUGUGGCCCUUGGGAUGUUUUCUGGAGGGGUUGUCAUGAAGAAGUACAAGCUGGGUAUCACGGGAGCAGCAAAAUUUGCCUUUGGUACCUCCCUGCUGGGCUACAUCCUGUCGCUCUUUUUCUUAGCUAUGGGCUGUGAGAACGCCAAGGUGGCAGGCAUCACAGUUUCAUAUACCGGAGUGGAAGGCUUGUCCUAUCAGGAACGGUCUCUCUUCUCUGACUGUAAUUCGGGUUGCAUGUGCUCAAGAAAGGAGUGGGAUCCAGUAUGUGGAGAGAACGGGAUCACCUACGUGUCCCCGUGCUUGGCUGGAUGCACAUCCUCCACUGGCUCUGGCAGAAAUACGUUGUUUGACAAUUGCAGGUGUGUAGUGCUGGGUGAUACCCAACCAGGCAACCUGACAGCCACUCUGGGCCAGUGUCCACGCAGAGACAGCUGUGACAAAAUCUUUCCUUACUUCCUGGCUCUGUCUGUCCUCAGCUCCUUCAUCAUCUCUCUCGGGGGAACACCUGGCUUCGUGCUGCUUGUCAGGUGCAUUAAGCCUGAGCUGAAAUCUCUUGCUCUUGGAAUCCACACGUUGGCCACUCGCACCCUCGCUGGAAUACCUGCCCCUAUAUACUUUGGAGCAAUGAUCGACACAACAUGCCUCAAAUGGGGAUACAAGACGUGUGGAGGAAGAGGAGCGUGCAGAAUCUAUAACACAUCGGCUUACAGGAUAGUGUACCUGGGUCUGACACUGGGCUUGAGGACAGUCUCCUUCUUUCUUUGUAUUUCAGGCUUUGCUCUACUCAAAAGACAUAUUAAGAGGGAGGAGAAAUAUGCUCUGACCAAUGGGAGUGCAGAGUUGGAGUCACUAAAGAAAGAAGAGAACAGCUCCAUACACUGUGAGCAGUUUAUACCGGCCUUGGACCGUAAUCCUGACAGAGAGACUCGCUUGUGAGCAUCAGCACAACAUCUUCUCUUCUUACUCAGCUCCAUGGAGCACCUCAGAUGUUUAGAGGAACACACUGUGGACACUUUUCAUAGCACACAAAGCAUAUAUUUGCACAGGAUUUGUGUAGAUGUAUGAUAUCUGAAAUAUGAGUCAUUUUAAAAACAAAAUAUGAUAUUUCUGGAAUGUAUACAUUUAUGUGUUUGGGUUUUUCAUGAAUGGAAGACUUUUGUAGAAAAAAUAAUGUAAUUGUGCUGUAUUUUGUUCUUCGUUUUUAAUGAUUAAACUUUCUAUUAAAAAAUAGAUUAAAAAAUCUAUUUUUGGAUUCAACAUAUAUUAGUGUGCCUGAAUAAGAUGGUUAAACACCAUCAAGUCAGUCUUGUGUUCGUGGCUUUACUUUCAGUUCAGAAGAGAUACGUACAUUAAACAAGUCUGUAGACUGUUUCUGUGGCAUAUGUGGUGGAGGAACUGUGAAACACUGAGGCAAAAUAAGUGUUUCAUCCUGUGAAUGAAUGAGGUCAACAGGCAGAUCAAAGAGGCAACACAGGAACAGCAGCCCUCUGAAAGAUUAUCCCGUUGGCAUACAAAUGGGAAACUAGCACUUCCUGUCCAGAUGUAACAGAAAGCAUUCCUUCAGUAAGAUUACUUUUUCACUAUGCUUUGUGGCGUUGACAAUCAAACUUCUCUCAACCUUACUGUACUGUAGCAAGCUGAAACUGCUGUUUCUAAGGUCAAGAAUGAAAUGUCAAGCUCUACUUUUAAGUCAACAUGGAUGAGAAGAGGUGCUCAGAAUCAUGUAAAGUUUGAACAUCUACGGUUCCAUGACAGCUGAGCAAACUCAGUCUGCUAAUGAGGAUCAUGUGAUAUGGUCGACUGCUCCAGAUCACGUGUGUAAGUGGACCUUGUGUUGAGAUUGUUUUGUCAGUCUGUCAAUCUGCUAUAAACACAAUCUAUUUGGGUUUUGCGGGACUGUCUUUUUAGUCAUGAUAUACUUAUACAGCCCUAUAUGCACCAUAUCACAUCACAAUACAACAAUUCUAAAGCAUAACACUGUUUGAGCUUGUGUAUUUUGGCUUUUAUAAUGAGGCUUGUUACAAAACCUACCAUAUCUACCUGUGUGCCUCAUUAUGACGCUCACUGCAUUUUGAUUUCAACGUGUACAUGUAAUCCUAUUUUGUGUCAGGGUGGUACCAGCCUAUUCAGUGACUCCAUGAUUGAUCUCAGCAUGACAACGAGGAACACAC